AUGGAAACCUCACCUUCAUCUCCACCUUACCGCCAGAUACGCGCUUGCUACAACGACACUACCAUAACAGUCUACCAAGCCUACAAAGAAUCAAUCGCCAAGGAUGCCGUAGACUCUCAGAAACUCAAUGCAUCUCCAGACUUCAAACCAGGUCGAAUGACAUGGAUCAAGCCCAGCUGGGCUUGGAUGAUGUACCGAGCUGGAUACUCCUUUAAAGACCCCGACCAAUCUCGGAUUCUCGCUCUACGCAUGAAACACGAGCACUUCAUCGGCCUGCUUGAGCGAGGCGUGUUGUCAAGCCAUGCUCAGAAACCCAGCGCUGGCGAGAAGCGUGAGAAGUCCAGCGAGGUGCGGAUUCAAUGGGAUCCUGAGCGGACACCGAAGCUGGAGGUAUUGCCAUAUAGAAGUAUACAAAUUGGGAUUCCGGGGGCCUUGAGUGAACACUGGGCAAAUGGGUGGAUUUCAGAGAUUGAAGAUGUUACGGAUAAGGCUCGUGAGCUGAAGAAGGUCAUUGACGAGAGACCUGAUAUUACUGAUGAAGAGCUCUUGAACAUGGAUCUCAUAUUCGAGGAAAGGGUGUUUGAAGUGCCAGAGUCAGUUUACAACAAACUGGAGAUGACAGCCACAUCUGCAGCACAGCAUUAA